GCUACCGAGGAGUAGGUUUGGUGGUGUUUGCGCGUUGUUUGUGGUGUGCCGAAAAGCAUGUUUUUUUUGCAUAAACUAUUCAAAGCGUUUCAAAUAAAGUAUUUCUAUUUAUUUUAAAAAGUAUACAUUAAAUUAAAUUAAGCCGCAAUCAUGUCGAAAAGAAUGUCGAGGUAUCCGAGUGAUCGAAAGGUGUAUGUAGGUGAUUUGGGAAAUAAUGCAAGAAAAAAUGAAUUAGAGUAUGCAUUUAGUACUUAUGGCACUUUGAGGAGUGUUUGGAUUGCUAGAAAUCCGCCCGGCUUUGCAUUUGUCGAAUUCGAGGAUGCCCGUGAUGCGGCCGAUGCAGUCCGAGGAUUAGAUGGACGGACGGUUUGUGGGCGUCGAGCUCGAGUUGAGUUAUCAACCGGCAGAUAUGCCGGCGGCAGAAACGACAGAAAAGGAUCAAAAAGCGGCGGACGACCAUUCCAUCCGGAUGAUAAAUGCUACGAGUGUGGAGGCAGAGGUCAUUAUGCUCGUGAUUGUCGCCGUUAUGGCCGAAGACGCCGAAGCCGAUCCAAGAGUCGUUCACGAAGCUAUUCGCGGGAUCAGCGAACCAGAUCGCAUACAGGUUCACGCUCUCAUUCUCGAAGCAAAUCCAAAUCUCGUUCGCCUAAAAAGGAUUACCGUGAUGAACGCAAACCACGAAGCAGCAGACGAUCUACAGAAAACGAUCAUGAAAAUGGUGUUAGGCAUAACGAUGAUAGUCGCAAUGGAAUCGCUAGAUCGCCAAGACGUCGCUACGAUUCGUCGUGCUCCCCAAAACGUGGCCAUAGCCGAAACAGGGCCGAUAGCAUUGAUUCAAAAAGAAGUAGUUCCAACUCUCGCCGCAGCCACGGUGCUCGCACAAAAUCACGAUCUCCAAUUUCGAAGAAUCACAAAGACUAGUUGAUAAUGUAUUGAAUCCUGAUUAAUUAUUUGUAUUUGACAAUUUAACUUUUAUUUACUUAAGUGUGCGGUAUCAGUGCGAUACCUUCUAGGAUUUACUUUCUAAUAUUUAAACGAAAGUCAAUUAAAAUAUUUAUUUCAAUUUUUUAGAUCAACAAAUGCAAUUUUACAUGAGUUGUAGCUGCUAAGUCUCAACUGGUAUAAUUUUUUUUUUUAUAUUUUGUUAUUCUCCGAGCUUCAACUGACAAGAAAAUGUGUAUAAAUUGUAUUUAAAGUUAUCCAAAUAAAUUGUCAUCUCAUAA